CGCGAGGUUCUCCAGGAAAUCUCUCGACCGCGGAACUGCGGCCGAUUUUUUUGAAUUUCUUUCGUGCGUGGACAAUUCUUGUUCCGCGUUCAGCGCCCUCUGCAGAAACACCAGGCAGGACCUCGUUUCCCAAUCCGCUUUUCUCAAGCUUGGUUGUCUCUCGAGCAGCGGAGUGCGACGAGCGCUCUGCUAACUUCGGUACGUCUCCACGGCAGCUGAUCGCGAGAGGCGAUCCGUUUCCCCCAAUCUUUUUCGGGGUUCCAGAAUCCUCUGCUCAACCGGAAAAACGAUUCCGUCUGUCCGACUUUAGAGGGGAAGCUGCCGCAGCCCCGCCUCGCCGCGCCCGGACGACGUCAACACGAGCACCGCUCGAAGGCUGUAGACUCUCGUCAAAACGGGGAGAGAAGGGUCAAGAAGAAAAGCUGCAUGGUUUUUUUCGCUUUCUCCCGCCGUCUAUGGAAAUACACCAAGUGGUUGUCCGAAUGCUCACACCUACGCGACGCUCGGGAUGGGAUGCGGCCGCAGUUGAGAACUUUACGAUGGAACAGCCGCGCCCAGAGCAAACAGUGCGGAACUUUUUCAGAAGUUCGUUUCUAUUUUGAGUUACAUGGCGUAGCGAGCCUGCUUCCCCUCAUCGCUCUCAACAUCUGUUACGCGCUAAUUCCCCGCUGUUUUCAAGUCCUCUUUGUCCCCUUCUUCCUCUUUCGCUGUGCUGAAUUCCUCUCUUCUCUCGCUGUUCGGUUCCUUCAUGAGCGUCGUUGUCUUCUUCCUCGGCAACCCCCUCUCAUCGUUUCUCCGUCGGCUUGACUGCAUGUUCCUGACUUAUUCCGACCUUGUCCUUGCAUGCAUCCGUCCAGCAAGACCCUGUGUGUGAAGAGGCGCCAGCACUCGAACGAGUUCUCUUCCUUCUUCUGCGCUUCUCUGUCCUUUCAUUCGUCUGGCCUGCUGCCCACCGCGCGCCCCGUCGAUGUGCGAAAGGCGCCAGCGUGUCUCCCGUUGUGAGGCGUCACUGUUUCCUUUCAAGCAGGGAGGACAAGCCGCGAACGGGCGAUUGACGCAGAAAGGGAAACAGAAGAAAUGCAGGAAUCUGCGUCUUCCCCUCGGGCUCGCCUGCCCACGUCUCCCGACAAAGAGGAAGGCGAAGGAGGAGAAGAUAACGAACAGCGGGAGGGAGAACAGAGAGAGACAGGGAGAGAAGAGGAGAGAGACACAGAAGAGCGAGACAGAGAAGAGUCGCAGGCAGGAGAAGGAAAGCAGUGGGGGACAUCGGCGAACGUGGAAGCAGAUGAGAGAGCAGAGGAGGAAAUUAGCUCGAUCGAAAGGAGAUGCGGAGGCAGUGCGAGGGUCCAGCCAGGUGACAGAGGAGAGCACGAACCGACAGAACUCGUGAAUCGCAGGGCUCUGCCGAGAGAUGCACCGAAGAGGAAGGCGAAGGGGAAGAAGAGCAUCUGGGGGGAAAUAAGAGCCUACGGAAGCGUUGAGAUCCACCGCGAGAGCUACACACCUGAGGAGGGGGCUGUGCUCGCAGGCUUGCAGUCUCGAGAGGGAGAAGAAGAAAUGCAGUACGGACCGCUGAGGCGGGCAGGCUCUUGUCCCGACCUCGACAGUGCUUCUCGUGUGUCUCGUUUCGGUGAGUCGACAGAAGAUGAGUCUUCAAGUGAGGAGGAAGAGCAAGGACGCAGAGGCGCCGGACAGCUGAAGAAGGAGUGCAUGCAGGCCCAACCGCGGAGACAGGCGUUCGGACUAUCGGGCCAGGAGAGGCGAGGGCGGAGUCGGAGGAGAACAGGUGACGCACGAGACGAAGGACUCACUUCGAGGGAAGAAGAAGGCGCCGAGACAAGCGGGUCUGCUUCCAGUACAGAUCAAGAAGCAGCAGAAGCUGGCGAAAAAGAAGACGGAGGAGAAAACGGAGAAGAAGAGGAGGAAGGAGAGCAGAUCUGGGAUUUGUGGGGAGGCGAGGGUCCUUCAGAAGAAGACCUCCAUCUUUUGGAGCUUCUCGUUGGAAAAGGAGUUCAGGAGUCGAGGAGCGAGAAGAGCGAGAAGAGAAGCAAGUCUGAAGAGAAGGCGGGAGAAGGAGAGUCUCUGGGAGGGUUGAGACAGGGAAACGCGACAGACGGAGAAGACGAGCACCGCAAGUCGCCUUCUUCCUCAAAGCCCCUCGCUGCGUCCUCAGAAACUGUUUCGGACGAACUGGACCACCUUCUCCUUCGUGCCGCUGCUGGAGAUAUUCAAGAUGAAGUUUUUGCUAUCAAAAAGAAGACCCUCGUGCUUUCUUUCGGAAAGAACAGUUACGGGCAACUGGGGUUUCCUUUGAAGCAUCACUCGGCGCCGGUAGUUGUGGAGCUGCCCACUCUUCGGGCUCAGCAGCUGCUGUCAGCUUCUGCUUCCUCGAGUUCGUCUCCUCGUUCUCCCUUUUCUCCUUCGUGUGGGGCUUCUCUGCAAGCGCUGGAGAAACCUGCAACUGUCUCUCGAGUAUUUUGCGGCCGCUUCCACUCCGCUGCCCUCACGGAGGGAGGCAGCGUCUUGUUGUGGGGUCACAAUGCCUCAGGCCAGCUCGGCCGAGGAGGCUUUGCAGACGACGAAGAAGAAGAUAGUUCUCUGGCUGCGGAGAGUUGUAAGGGUGUGUCGGGGAGACCGGAGAGAAGGGCAAGGUUUGAAGUGGCGCCUCAGCACUCGAGGCGAACGCCGAGGAGACACAACGGCCGGAAAGAAGAGAGACAGGAAGAAGCUUCCGGCGUCCGUGGGACGGACUCGACCACUGCAGAGGGAUCUCCCCUCAACGAUGCUUUCGCUUUCUCUGUGUCCUCGACAUGGUCGGCAGCCGGGUCGUCUGCUGCUCCGUCCGCCUCCUCUGCUCUCUCCUCACCUGCAACUCGGUCGCCUUCCUCCAAAGCAGGCUUGACAGCGCCAGGGGAGACCGGACUUUGCGGCCGAGGCGAGGCCUCAGGGAGGACCGCGACAGGCGGCGGAGAUCUCCUCCUCGUUCCCUCGGAACCGUGUGGCACUUCGACGCUGGUUCCUGUCCAGAAUGGCUCCUCAGAGACCGUUCUACGAGGCCGAGCAACUAGCGAAGACGAAGGAGCACAGACGAGGGAAGAAGAGAACGAAAAGAGGGGAGAACAGGAAGAAGAGCACAGAAGAGGAGAGAAGGGAGAGAACGGACGAGAAAACAAGGAAGAUAGAAAAGAAGAGAAGGAAGAGAAAAAAGAUGAAGAGGAAGAGAAAAAAGAUGAAGAGGAAGAGAAAAAAGAUGAGAAGGAAGAGGGCAGACGAGAAGACAAGGACCAGGAAAGAGGGGAAGAGAGCAAAGAGGAAGUAGGAGAACGGGAAGGAGAGGAAAGAGGAGAAGAGAAGAAAGGCGGAAGAAGAGAGAAGGAUGAAGUUGAAGAAGGUGCUGUGAACCUCUCUAGAGCGCCUGCUCCGAAGGCAGCUGUCAAGGACUUCACCGCGUUGGAAACUCUGACAGUCCCGUGGCAAGAGAAACAUAAGAAGAAAGACACUUCAGAAAACGUCUUGGAUAUCGAGGGAGAGGCGCCUAACUCGGUACAUCCCGGUCUCGCGGAACUCGAGAAUUCUUCUGUGGGAGAGAAGACAAAUGAGUCAUCGAGUGUUGCGUUUGAAGAAAAUCCGAGUAUCAACGAGGCGGCAGGUUCAUAUCCUUCUUCUCGCUAUCGUCGCUCUUCCUCAUGUCCACCUGCCGGGCUGGCAGACGCGCUUCUUGGGUUCAAUCAAAACUCGGCCUUCCCUCCUUCGCCUUCUGUCGCCUCUCCCCUCGCUUCUUCUCUGUCGUCUUCUUCAUCACCGUCUUCCUCGUCUUCUUCUCCUUCUUCAUCUUCUUUUCCGUCUUCUUCUGCUUCGUCUUCUUCCGUCCAGACGAGUUCCGAGAGUUACCGAACUCCCUGGUACAAGCGUCUGUUUGGGAUGCGCAAGGAAUCUUCGUCGCGUGUCUCUGGAGAGAGGGGAGAAAAGGAGAACAGCAGAGAGAAUAGAGGAGAGGCUUCUUCGCAGUCGAGAGCGGAGUCCGCUGCACGCUCGUCUGCUGGCGCGCGGCCGUCCCCGGAUCGUGGCUUUCGUCAGGUCUUUGAUUUUUUCACAAGACGAGGAAUGGGAAGAGACGUUUCCGAACGACGAAGCUCAUCGAGUCCUCUCUCCUCGCGGCGAGUCUGGGAGGGUGGACCUGCGACCCCACAAACUCUCGCCAGUCGAGCCGCGAAAGCCGAUCAGAGGCUCCAAGCGAAACGCCGAAGACCUGCAUCGCCAGAGGAAGCUUUUGGCUGGAAGCCUGUGCUGUUACGCGAAUUCGGGACGGUCUACCGCGUCAGCGACGUCGCUCUGGGAGGGGAGCAUAGCAUGUUUCUUUGUCAGGAUGGAUCUCUGUGGCUUUGCGGCAGCAACCAGGACGGCCAGCUGGGUCUUCUAGCGAAGGAGACGCGGCAGCCGAUAUCAUGCUGCGGCAAGCCUCGACGCAUGCCUCUUGGGGACUCUUUCAUGUGGCCGGAGUACCGAAAAAUCGCUUCCCCAGUCGCGUUUAUCGCAGCCGGAUACAAGCACUCCGCAUUGAUUGAUGCCAAGGAUCGCCUGUGGAUGUGGGGAAACAACCAGUUCGGACAAUGCGGGAUGGACCCUGGAGCUGGAGCCUGCGUGGCGAUGCUCCCCUGGCGCGUCCGGUUCCCCCAAAAAGGAAUCGCCGUCGUUCAAAUUGCCCUCGGCAAGUAUCACAGUUUAUGUCUGACGGAGGACGGACAAGUUUUUGUGUGGGGCAGAGGCCGCUUCGGUGUGUUGGGCAUGGGGGCGCCGAAACAUGCGACGAACCGCAGUUGGUUUUUUUCGCGAAGGCGGUCUGUAGAGCCUCUGUUCAUCUGCACACCCCAGCCUCUUCGGGCUCUGUGCAGCGUGCAUGUGACGCGAAUUGCGUCGGGGGACUCUCACUGCGCGGCUGUGGGCGUCGCGCGUCUCCCUCGAACUGCGUACACAGAAGUAGCGCUUCUGCAGUUGCGCGAGCAAGGCGCUGCAUAUCGAGACUACGUUCUGGAGGAAAUGAAGAAGAGGUCGGCGCAGUACACCUCUUCCACGCUGGGACCGUUGCCAGGAGGUCGGGCGCUUUUCGGCGUGUCUCCUGCCGCCUGCCGCCCGGAGGCCCGGCGAUCCCUUCCAUUUCGCUCGCGGCCCGUUGACGGCUUCUUCUUCUCGCCUGCGACGAGACAGUCGGUCCCCGUGCGUGACGCAGGGCGACGGGUGGCGAGGGAUCGCCUGACGGCGCGCCUUUCGCUCCGCGGGCCAGGAGACAGGGCGGGUCUGGGCCAACUGGCCCCCAGGGGCCGCCUCGGGCCCUCGCGUGCGAGCUGGGGUCAGAGACGGUCGCUUCUCAUGCUGAUGAGUCCCGCGCAAAGGUACCGGGCGAGACUCUUCCACGAAACCAAACGCGACAGCUGGAGCAGACACGCAAGAGCAGAAACCGAUGAUGAACUGCGUCUCUCGGAUUUGGAACGACGACGACGCUGGGGAUUUCCAGAAGGCGUCGGCGAGCCCUACGGGACGGAGCGCGGCAGUGCCGCCCACCGAGGCGGGGACCAACUUUUUUUGUGGGGCAAAGGUUCAGAAGGAGAACUAGGGUGCAACACAUUGAGGAACCAAUACACGCCUGUCGAGCUUCCCUUCGUUCUGUCCUCCUCGAAGCCGUGUUACAUUCAAGUGCACGAGGUGGCUCUCGGCGGGGACUUCACACUCGCAGUCGCAGCCUCAUAUUCGACAUCCUUCACGAUCCACGACCCUGUUCCUUCCCCGAGUCCGCGACAGGGUGCAGCAGCCACGCGUACACUUCUCGACAUCUACCGUGGAAAGCCAUCCGCCUCUUUUUCCGCCCCGUUCUCUGCUGCUCCGGCGCGGCCCCUGCAUGCAGAGAGACAGUCGUUCGUCUCCUGGAGUACAGACAUGGAGUCGAGGGCGGCGUCUCCCAAAAGCUCUGCCUCCAACGGGUCGCUCCGCAACAGCGAGUCGUGUGCCGCGGGGAACGCGCUGUGCGUGUUGCCUCCGCGCGAAGACGCAGCAAGCCAGCUAGCUGGCGAAGGUCACUCUCUCGAUCGGGGGGACAGGACAUGCGCCGACAGGUGGGAGACCAUUUCUGAAGGCGUCGGGAGCGAAGGAGAAGAUAAAGAGGAAAGGGAGAGAGGUGAGGGCAAAACCGAAAGGGAAGAAAGGAAAGCAGCGGCCUUGUAUAUGGUUGGUAGGAAGUAUGCUGGCUCCCAGACCCCAGAGGCCACCCCACAGACCCAUGAACACAGUGACCUCUCGCUAGGAGAAACCUCGAAGCGGUGUGCUCUCGGACCUGGCGAGUCCGAGCCAGAUGUGGAAGGGAAAGAAGCCGGAGGGGAGACAAAAAGGGAGGGAGAGAGGACUGGCCAAACAGGAGUCGCGAGGAGAAAGGAAGACUCUCUGCAGGGAGUCAGUAGAAGAGAAGGGUCGACAGCAGAAGAAAGAAGUCCGGGGGAAGACGAGGGAGGGAACGCGGAGAGGAAAGACUCUCCAAUUGUUGAGGCCCACCGUCUGAGAGAAGAGACAUCCGAGACUCUCUGCCCUGGCGAAGCACGGGACAUCGACCCGAGUCGAUCGGAACCGAGACGGCAACAGGAGUCUGUCUUUGGGGAUUCGGGCAGUGAAGGAGGCGCCAGUUCGAGGGGGAGAAGCAAUGCAAUUCCCGAAGCAGUUGUUCCGCACUCUGAGGACGCUCUUCUCAAACAUGCAGUCCAUUCUCUCCCUGUUCUCUCUGUGGCGCCUCCGCCUAACGAAGACGCUCUUCCCUCGUCUGUCCUCGAGCUGCGCCCCAGCAACCGGACGGAACCCCGUGACAGCUGUCUUUCCUCUUGCUCGCUGUCGCUGGCGUCCAUUUCCUCAAAGUCUGUUUCCUCGUCCCCUCACCUCACGCCCGGGUCUCCCGCCACCUCUGACAGGGGCUCUGUUACUCAUAUCGUCCCCAGCUUUGUUGGGCGACCCUCCGUUCCUUUCUUUUGCGCCUCGUCCUUCGGCGACCCGCUCCCGGAUCGCCUAUUCUUCAGUCCCGCCCGCACUGCAGCGAGUCGCUCUGGUCUCCAGAGGCUCUUUGGGCCUUUCACAGACUCUUCGCGGUCGAGCACGUGGUCUCGCGGGUCGAUUGUCUCCUCUGCCGGCUGCGCCAGCGGGCGCGAGGCGCUCCUCUCGGCUCUCGCGUGUGCCACGGAUCCCCUCAUGCCUCUGCAGCUCUACGUCUGGGGCUCAAAUCGAGGCAACCAGCUGCCCCUGGAACCGGAAGAGCCACAGCCGACUUUCCUGGUUCCCCACAGAGUGAAUCUACUGUCUCUCGUGGAUGCAACAGUCAUCGCGCGCCGCGCCCCGUCCAUCUGUCUCUUUCCGGCCGAACGAGGUCCUUGCGACGCCCGGCGAAAGGCCCCCCGGGUCGCCUCCAGGGCCUUCGGCGCCGGGGGCCUGCGGGCCGCGGCGAGACGUGUGGGGUCUUCCGACAGGGGGGGGCUCGAGGAGACUGGCGGAGACACCGCUGAAUCCCGAGGAGAAGCGGCUGUCGAGGUGGGAGGCCUCCAGAGGACAGAGGCGCAGAGGGGUCAGGAGGCGAUGGCUUGGACCGCGCAAAACGAGACUCUGGAGAAGUCGGAGGGAGCAUCUCAGGCGGGCUCGGUGGGGAGUUCGCUGGGGGGUGAGGGAAAGGGACACGGACAGAGGGGACAGAGCAGCGCCUCGAAGGACAGAAACUGUCUCCGGGAAGAGGAAACGGCCGAGGGAACUCGGGCGAAAGCAAGUUCGAGUGCAGGGGAAGAAGAAAGACCCGUCAGGCGACGGGGCGAACGGGGGCAAGGUGAGACUCCGCCGGGGUACGAAGGUGAACAGUCGGAGCAGAAGCCCAGAAGAGAGCGAGAUUCGUCAAGCGUCAAAGGGACGAGAAGGCGGCAAUGGCCAGAAACGUUUACAGAACCGGAGGACGAAGAAAGUGCGAGGAGCAACGGGCAGACGGGCUGCCCGGGGCCGGUGGAACGAGCAGACCAUAGCGGGAGAGAAGAAGAGGCAACUGAUCAGACGAAGAAGGAAAGAGAGACGAGUCAGACGAACGUCGUGCCGCAGGCGUGUGACAGGUUGAAGCGUUUAGACGCUCGCCCGAGUGAUUCGAGUUCCGGCGACGAGAAGGCGUCGGGAGAGAAGCCGGCAUCGGCUUCCUCGAAAGAGGGAAGGGAAGCAAGUGUCUUGGCGCCGCCUCUUGUCAUCAUCCCUCCAUCUUCGUCACCUUCGUCGCUCGAACAGGAACUGAAGCAGUCGGUUCCUCGGGCCGGAGCUCAGCAAGCCCUUUUGAGUAUUCUGAGUUCCCUCGAUUCGCCGCGUCGCUCUGUGGGGGAGAAGAGUGCUGCCGAGAGCGAGAAGACGGAUGCCGACAGUCUCUGUCGGUAUUCAAGGCCCCGCCACGAGACAUGUACGCCCCAGCUUGUCGCCGACGACUCCAUGGGUUCCGAAGGCUGCUCGCGCGUGGAACAGAGAGACAAAGCCAUCAAACUCCGAAAGGCGGCGUCGGCUGCGCUCUCUCUGAAGCUCUCUGAAGCUCGCAGAAACUGUCGAGGAAGUGGGACGCCCGACCUCUUGUGGGCGUUUCCGAGUUUGGCGAGACAUGGACGCGCCGGGGGAGACGCGAGAGCUGGAGGCGAAGCGAAGAGCAUGUCUCGUCGAAGGAAAGUCUACUUCGCUCGCGGCGGGGUGUGGAGGGCGAUCUGUUCUGUCAAAGUCAAAAGUGUGGCUGCGGGUCAGGAACACUCGUUGCUCGUCGUCGAGGUCGAGUAUCUCGAAGCACACAAGACGAACGGAGCCGAUGCCAAUCGCUCUCCCCCCCCGCCGAUGCCUACACUCAAUCCGUCGGCGUACAGAAAGUUUGACGCGUAGUAAAAAGCGAAUGCAUUCCGUUUUAGAUAGGGGAAAGUGCACCUAGGCCGUGGACACUUCCACAAGUGUCUAAUGGUAAACAGGACCAGUUCUGGAGCGAACCAACAAGGCACUCUUUAGGGAGCGUGGCAGCUCUCUGGCUCUUUUAUUUCCAUGCACGGAGUCACAACUGAGGUAUAUCAUUGCUGCCCUGGUCGAGGUGGCCAACAGUCAGGGGUGAAGCGGCAAGUGACUCUGUGGAUGAGAUGGUUUCGGCGCGAUGGGAAAAAGACACAGAGCACACACGGCUUCUAGCAGGUUUCUGGACUCCUUUUGAACGGGUCUCUUCUUCGGCCUUCGAGCUCGUUUGUGUAUGCAAUAAAGUUUUUGGAGCGUUUCUGCACGAUGCGGCGAAUUCGGUGUUCAACGCCAGGACCGCACGCCAUGUUGAAAGGGUAGACGAGUCUUCGUGCCGUGUAUGCUGCCUCCACAGUUUGGGGUUAUUUUGCAGAGACAUCGAGGCUGCGUGAACAUCCGUCUUUGAGGCUGCUUCUGGGUCGAACUGGUUUGACAGUUUGCAAAGUAAUUCUUUCUCGGUACGAAAAUGAACUGUCACGGGACACACUUAGCUAUUUGCUUUCACGAUGGUCAGCAGUUCCAUCCGCAGUCUAUGGCGUUCUUUUCCUCCUCGAACUAUAGGAGGAGCGAGGGACUCUUGAAAAGCAAAUAGCCGUCCAGUCUUUGAAGAAAUUUUGACAUUGUUCGUGCCUAUCCGAAAACAUUCUCCAUCAUGCAUAAACGGGGAUAGAACUCUGAGUUUUGUUUCUGCCCGAAACCUGUGCCUGGGAAAAUCAAAGUCGAAGCAAUCUCGAGCAUCAGGCAAGUGAAAUUCCUUUAGGUGGAUUGCUUUAGUUUCAGUAACAGGUGCGCACGCCACAAAUGUGUCGUUCUGCCCUGAUUCCCUUUUCGUAUCUUCUGCAUGCUGUCGAUAAGUACGGGCAGGUCGUUUCAGUUGACAAGACAACAGGAAACAAAAGAUUUUCCGGGUAUACACGUUGGUCACUUGCUUCAGUCUACAUUCUUUCAAGUGUAACUGUCUAUUAGCUCAAUCAGUGAAAGAAGUCUCUGUUCGAUUCACUCACACGAAGACAAAAACUGAAUGGUGAACUAAACAAAUUGCACGAGUCCGAUCUGUGGUUGUUCGCUUUUCUGCGGACGACCACACAAGCAGCGAUGGCUGAGAGCAGUAUUGACUGUGUCACGUAUCGCGAUUUGUGACUUUGAAUGACCCCCUUUUUCUCCAGCAUCUGCAACAUGGAAUCGAUGCAAGAACAGCGUCGCUUUCUCCAAGUCGCAUGCGUAUCUAAAUGCUAUCUUGGUGUGAAGCAACAAGGCACCGAAUCAAAACGCAGUUUCAGCUGUUCGCUCACAUGGUAUUUGGUGGCGUUCUCCUAGACUGACGUCUGAAAUAAAACGGAAAGUACAAAACGAUUUCCUAACAGCGACUGCUGUUUUGUGUAUACGCACAUCAGCUGCAUUCUUUUCCGGCGCACUCUUCUAGUUCCAGUACUACCUUUUUCUUUCAACAGCCUGGCACAACGGUGAAAAAGAUAAUGCGCACGGUUAUCGGUUUUUUCACGAGCAUGCUGAGCGUAGGGAAAAGCAUUUGGAGAGCGGUAAGCUCCGAGUGUGUUUGUAGAAGGCGCAGACAGUGCAGUCCCGUGACGCAUGUUAUGUGACAGAAUGUGAUACUCUGUGUAGCAUGUGUUCAACAGUACAGUCAAACUUGCGUUGCGGUGAAACCGCAGGUUUUCCGCGACAGUGGAUUUCCGGUUUGUCCGAGGUGUCCGAAAACGGACACAGAAGUUUCAGUGAAUGUCUUACACAACGCGUCUUCGCCGAAUUGUACAUUGUGUUCAGGUCCUCAGAGCCGCUGUCUAACCGGAUGUACCAGGUGAAUCUCGCGGAACGAAACAGGCUAUGCUGGUCUAUCCGACAGUUUUUUUCGGUCGCCGAGAGGAUAUUCUCUUGCAUCACGAGACACACCGUUCAUGUUUUUGUUGAUUGGUGCUUCUCUCCUCUCCAUUUGUGCAGUAGCUUAUAGUCUGACUGAAUAGGGUCCGUGUCAUGUGAACAUUCUGGCAUGCGAUGGUGUAUGCAAAAGGUCGCGUCGGGUCGUCCGUCUGUGGUGUUCGAUUCUAGGGGAGCGCUUCUCCGGUUGGUUUUUGUUCUUCAGUCGCACCGCGUCUCCCCUUCAGAAGGAAACCCGACAAAAACGUGUCUGUCGUCGCG